UGAGAGCGGAGGGACGUCAUGCUGCUGAUUACAACCAGAGGGAGUUGGGGAGACGGAGAACUACUUCUUUCACUUCACCUUUAUGUUGAGGGGAGGAGGAGAGAGAAGUAACCAAACAAUUCUUGUUUUUAACAAAGGAGUCUUGUUUUUAAACAAAGCACUACUAAUCAACUUCACUCAGGAGACGUCGCUGACUCAGCGGAGCCCGGUAGAGGGGAGGAGAGACUGAGGGAGCUGGAGAGAAGCCAGUAUGAUUGGUGCAGAACAACAGACUGACAGCAUGGGUGAAGAGGGACCACCCAGUCUGGAGUACAUCCAAGCCAAGGACCUGUUCCCCCCGAAGGAGCUGGUCAGUGAGGACGACAACCUGCAGGUGCCGUUCCCAGCUCUUCAGGGGGAAGGGGUGGAGUACCUGGGCCGAGCCGACGACGCCGUCAUCGCCAUCUCUAACUACAGGCUCCACAUCAAGUUCAAGGACUCCGUCAUCAAUACCUAUCCAGGUGUGGACAAUCACAUUUCUGUACCUCUGAUGCUGAUCGAGAGUGUGGAGAGCCGACACAUGUUUCAACUGCACAUCACCUGCAAGGACUCUAAAGUUGUCAGAUGCCACUUCUCCACGUUCAAGCAGUGCCAGGAGUGGCUGAGACGUCUGAACCGGGCCAUAGCCCACCCUGGCAGGCUGGAGGAUCUGUUCGCCCUGGCCUACCACGCCUGGUGUCUGGGGACCAGCACUGAUGACGAGGACCAGCAUCUACACCUCUGUAGACCAGGUGACCAUGUUCGUCAGAGGCUGCAGAUGGAGGUUAAGAGGAUGGGAUUUGACAUGCAGAACGCCUGGAGAAUGUCUGACAUCAACCUCAAAUACAAGCUGUGCUCCAGCUAUCCCCAGCAGCUGCUGGUCCCAGUGUGGAUCACAGACAAGGAGCUGGAGAGUGUUGGUUCCUUCAGAUCCUCCAACCGAAUCCCUGUGGUCGUCUAUAGGCACCAGAGGAACGGGGCGGUGAUCGCUCGCUGCAGCCAACCAGAGAUCAGCUGGUGGGGUUGGAGGAACACAGAGGACGAGUACCUGGUAACAUCCAUCGCUAAGGCCUGUCUGAUGGACCCCGGGACCAGGUUCACUUGUGAGGCCCUGGCCUGCAGCCAACCCCGAGGGGAAGGCCCAGACAGCUCUGACAGCGACUUUGACUCCUCUCUGACAGGAUGCCCAGUCCCUGAUGCCAACACUGCGCCACAAAAACUUCUUAUCCUCGACGCUCGUUCUUACACCGCUGCAGUGGCCAACCGUGCCAAGGGAGGUGGCUGUGAGUGUGAAGAGUACUACCCUAACUGUGAGGUGAUGUUCAUGGGCAUGGCCAAUAUCCACUCCAUUAGGAACAGCUUCCAGUCCCUCCGAGCCGUCUGCAGCCAGAUCCCUGACCCGGGCAACUGGCUGUCUGCUCUGGAGAGCACACGUUGGCUGCAGCACCUGUCCGUCAUGCUGAAGGCAGCCACUCUGGUGUGCUCUGCGGUGGAAAGGGAGGGACGUCCUGUCCUGGUGCAUUGUUCAGACGGUUGGGACCGUACCCCUCAGAUUGUGGCUCUCGCCAAGAUCCUGCUGGACCCGUUCUAUAGGACGCUAGAGGGUUUCCAGGUACUGGUGGAGACGGAGUGGUUGGACUACGGUCAUAAGUUUGGUGACCGCUGUGGUCACCAGGAGAAUGCUGCCGACGUGAGUGAGCAGUGCCCGGUCUUCCUCCAGUGGCUGGACUGUGUUCAUCAGCUGUUCAAACAGUUCCCCUGCCUCUUUGAGUUCAACGAAGCCUUCCUGGUCAAGCUGGUGCAGCACACGUACUCGUGUCUGUACGGGACGUUCCUGUGUAACAACGGGCGGGAGAGAGAGGUCCGCAACAUCCACAACCGCACCUGCUCCGUCUGGUCUCUGCUCCGCUCCGGCAACAAGAACUUCCAGAACUUCCUCUUUAUCCCCGGUCAUGAUAUGGUGUUGCAGCCGGUGUGCCACACCCGGGCCCUGCAGCUGUGGACGGCCGUCUACCUACCCACCUCCUCCCCCUGCACCUCUGCCGAGGAUGCCAUGGAACUCUACCUGUCCCCCAGUAUACAGGGAGACGAGCUCACCUCACGUUCCCUGGACAGGCUUCCUAAGACUCGCUCCAUGGACAACCUGGUGUCUGCCUUUGAGAACGGAGUGGCCCUCACCCGCACCUCCAGCGACCCCAACCUCAACAAGCACUGUCAGGAGGGCCGUACUGCCCAUGGCCUAGAGCCUAUGGCUUCUGUAGGAGGAGGGGCCGCACCCGACAGCCCCGAGGACGUCAGCCCUGACACGGGAUUGGAAAGCGACGACUCGGAGGUGGAGCCUGUCACUCAGACUCCUCCUACCACACCCGUGGAGAUGGAGCAGAGGGAAGAGGGCUUCGAGGAGGCGGAGAUGAGAGAGGAGAUCUGUCUCACCACCCAGCCCCUCCCCCCCAUCGCUCUGGAGCAGGGUAACCCCCACUUCCCCCCUCUCCCCCUGCUCACACCCCUCCUCCACCAGGCCCUCUCCCAGACCACGAACCCCCCAGUUCCUCCCCCUCGACUGCCACAUCAGACGGCUGACAGUCACUCCAGGACUGCCUCAGUCACUACCCGUCCCGCCUCCAUACCAUCACCACCUGCCUGGAAGGGCCCGCUACCGGCAGCUGUUCUGAACGGGCCUAUCCCCAACGGCCUCCAGAACGCCCCCUCCGCUUCUGCAGAGCUGCUGGCACUCGAGCAGCUAGUUCCCACGUUCCCUACGGCCAUGGAGGACUCCACCGAGACGCUCACGGACGAAGCAGAGGUCCCACCAACGCUGCCCCCUAGAAUCAGAGAAAGUCUAGGCCAGCCCAAAGCCACAGAAUGGGCCUUACCCGAGACCCAGGGAGAGGAGAGAGAGGGGAAGAGGACCGAGAGUAUGAGUGGUAGAAACUUAGUGCCUCUGAGAGAGUGUGUGGUCCCAACAUCAAAAGAAGCAGCAUCCUCCGCCUCCACAGUGCCCCCUGUUGACAACAGCCAGGCUGUGGCACUGCGACGUCCGGUCUCCCAGAACCAACUGCGUGUCAGUGAGGAGCUGUCUCUGCUGGGCUCUCACUGGGACAGUGUCCAGGGCAUGGUCCAGUCUGCCUGCAGCACUGCGGCCAGCCACUCUGGCCUCUCAGCCAACCUCUCGUCAGGCUUCUGUCGUACCCUCCAGCCCACGGCCUAUCAGAGCCGACGCCUGGCUGGCAAGCUACUGCGCACCCAGGGCAUGGCCGUGCCUAACGGGGGUUGGCAGUACGGCCGAAGGGAGAGGGAGGAAAGGGUUCGCUCCUCGGCUCCAGCCCCAGUCAGCUCCAGCCCUGUCAAGUCAGGGUCCAGCUGGCUCUCUGCAGUCAGAAGCAGCUCGGGCUACGCUGCCAUCAUGGGCCCAACCACCACCAGCUCACCCCCAACCUUUUCAACCUGCCAACUCCUCCCAGCCUCCCCUUGCUCCUCAGCCUCCCCCCAGCCCCACCCGGCCUACCUGGAUGAUGAUGGUCUGCCGGUGCCUGUGGACGCCGUGCAGCAGCGCCUCAGGCAGAUGGAGGCGGGGUAUAAACAGGAAGUGGAGGUGCUGAGAAGCCAGGUGCGCCAGCUGCAGAUGAGGCUGGAGAGGAAACAGUACAGCACGCCACCCUCCGAGCCUGACGUCGACUACGAGGACGACAUUACUUGUCUGCGUGAGUCAGACGACAGUGAUGAGGAGGACAGUCUGUCAGACCACAGCGAGGACCGUUUCUCAGAGGGCAGCUGGGACAGAGUGGAGCAGAAGGACACAGAGGUCAGCGUUCCUCAUAGUCUACUGCAGGUCACGAGGUGGGUGCCUGAUCACAUGGCCUCUCAUUGUUUCAACUGUGACUGUGAAUUCUGGAUGGCCAAGAGACGUCAUCACUGCAGGAACUGUGGCAAUGUGUUCUGUAAAGACUGCUGCCACCUGAAGCUGCCCAUCCCAGACCAGCAGCUGUACGACCCUGUGUUAGUGUGUAACGUGUGCUGUGACCUGCUGCUGGAGGCUAGGAACAGAGAGAUCCGCAGCCAGCAGCUCAAGAAGCCCAUCGCCACAGCCUCCAGCUGAGAGACCAGAGAGAGAGAGAGAGAGAGAGAGAGAGAGAGACCUUUACUGAAUGGCUCAGUCUGGCCUGGCUCGGCUCGGUUCAGUUAGGACCUGGAUCAGCACCAUCUUGGGUCAGCUUUGGACAGAUAUGAGCCAAGUGCCCCAUUCCCACUACCCUAACAUGGUCUGGUCUUGGCUGUGGGGGGGGUGAGAAGGACUUGUUGCUCUGUGGGAGGGAGGCAAAGCUUGAGAAUGGAGAGAGGCCAUUGACUGCUGGGGAUGAGAGACACUGACUGGAGUAGAAGAGGGGAUGAGAUACUGACUGGAGUAGAAGAGGGGAUGAGAGACUGACUGGAGUAGAAGAGGGGAUGAGAGACUGACUGGAGUAGAAGAGGGGAUGAGACACUGACUGGAGUAGAAGAGGGGAUGAGACACUGACUGGAGUAGAAGAGGGGAUGAGAUACUGACUGGAGUAGAAGAGGGGAUGAGAGACUGACUGGAGUAGAAGAGGGGAUGAGAUACUGACUGGAGUAGAAGAGGGGAUGAGAGACUGACUGGAGUAGAAGAGGGGAUGAGACACUGACUGGAGUAGAAGAGGGGAUGAGACACUGACUGGAGUAGAAGAGGGGAUGAGACACUGACUGGAGUAGAAGAGGGGAUGAGAGACUGACUGGAGUAGAAGAGGGGAUGAGACACUGACUGGAGUAGAAGAGGGGAUGAGACACUGACUGGAGUAGAAGAGGGGAUGAGACACUGACUGGAGUAGAAGAGGGGAUGAGAUACUGACUGGAGUAGAAGAGGGGAUGAGACACUGACUGGAGUAGAAGAGGGGAUGAGAGACUGACUGGAGUAGAAGAGGGGAUGAGAUACUGACUGGAGUAGAAGAGGGGAUGAGAGACUGACUGGAGUAGAAGAGGGGAUGAGAUACUGACUGGAGUAGAAGAGGGGAUGAGAGACUGACUGGAGUAGAAGAGGGGAUGGUAGUGAAUGAAAUGUAGGAGGAAGAGGAGCAGAUGUUCUCCCACUGAGUUUAACCCCUUUUGAUCAAACACAUACAGCUUGGAAUGAAGGCUUCAGUGCCCUGUCCUGUCCUGCCCUGUCCUGCCCUGUCCUACCCUGCCCUGCCCUGUCCUGCCCUGUCCUGCCCUGUCCUGCCCUGUCCUGCCCUGCCCUGCCCUGUCCUGCCCUGCCCUGUCCUGCCCUGCCCUGUCCUACCCUGCACUGCCCUGCCCUGUCCUACCCUGUCCUACCCUGCCCUACCCUGCCCUGUCCUGCCCUGUCCUGCCCUGCCCUGUCCUACCCUGUCCUACCCUGCCCUGCCCUGCCCUGCCCUGUCCUGCCCUGCCCUGUCCUACCCUGUCCUGCCCUGCCCUGCCCUGCCCUGUCCUACCCUGCCCUGGGGCUGUUGUCCUCCAGUGGUGCAUCAUAACCCCCCUGCACCUGUAACCUACUGGGAGAUAUUCCAUCAUCUCAACUCCCCCCCACACACACACAACACACACUCUAGUGCACCCGGCACACACCAACAAGCCACUCUGAUGCACCCCCACACACACA